AUGAGCUCUCUUACAGCCUCCUCCCUCCUCCCGCCACCCCCGCCGCUCCAAGAAGGCCUCCGCCGCCGGAGGGGGAGGGGGAGGAGGAGGAGGAGGAGGCGGCGGCGCGAAGUCGGCGUACGACGACGUCUUCGGCGGGCCGCCGAGGUUCCGGAGAUCUUCGGCGGCGUCGCCACCUCCUGCUCCAUCCCCUUCCUCGACCUCCCGCCGGCGAUCGCCGGCGCCGGAGCCGGCGGCGGGGGAGGAGGAGUUGACUACGGCGAGAUCUUCGGCGGCGGCGCUGCUGUGGACUUCGGCGACUUCGCGGUGCCGUACGAGGAGCUGUUCGGGGAGGGCACGAGGGAGGAGGAGAUCGCCUCGUCGAAUGGGAGGGCUUGGAACAAGGAAGAACUGGGACAACAGGACACAGAAUCAUUUGUAUUUCAUCCAGAAUACCCAACUGGAGUUAAUUUGCCAUAUUUAGAAGAGGAUGGUUUAUCAUCACACUCCUACCAUUCGGAUGAAGGUGUGAAUCAAGUGAAAAUCUCAUAUAACAAGAGAAGCCAAGAACAAAUACAAGAUUCAGUAGCCAUUGCAACCAGUGCGGUGGAUUCCUUGCAUAAUACACAGCCAGAUAAUCCUCCUAAUAUAUCAAAUGGAAGUAUGAUUCAUGGUAAAUAUGAUUCUAGUGACAGUACAAAAAGUAAGGGAAGUGAUCAAAAAGGUGAUCAGAAACAGAAUGGUGAUGCAAAUCCAAAGCAACAUAAACGGUCUUCAAGUAAUCAUUCAACAUCUAGCGGCGACGUACUUUCUCCUGACGCUCCUUUUCUCAGUGUUUCUGACAUUAACCUCUGCACACAGCCCUUGAGUGUCCCACCGCCAUCGAGGCCGCCACCUAAGUUACUUAACAACACAGAACAACCAAAAUUAAAGAGAGAUGCUUAUUCAGUAAAACUUAUGCCUAAAGCAAGUAGCGCUGGGGCUUUCUCCAAAAGCCAUUCACUGCCACCAAAGGUUGAUUCACCUUAUUUCUUUGAUGUUGAGGUGGAUGCUAGUUCGGCUGCUGCUGCUUCGGCUGCUGCCAUGAAAGAAGCAAUGGAAUUCGCUCAAGCUAAAUUGAAAAGUGCAAAGGAGUUGAUGGAAAGAAAGCGUGAUAAUUUUGAAAUCCGCAAGAAGAAGGGUCAUAGUGGAGAUAUAAAAAGUAGAGAGAGUCAGGAAAGUCAAACUGCUGAAGAGGAAGAAGUCUUUAAAACAGUUCUUUCGUUGAAGAAAAAAGUGAAGGAAGAUAAGAAGAUGAGUGAUUUCUCUCUUGUGGAGAAGCAUGAAGUCAUUGGCAACAAGGAAAGCCAUGUAUUAUCAACUGAUAGAUCUCAAAGGACAAUGCAAAGAAGUGCUUCUGGACCAUCUCAGUUUUCUAAGUUGGAGAAUUCUGGGAACUGGAAGUCUGAUGAUCAAUUCUACGAGCUGAUCAACAAUGAGCUGAAGCACAACACAAAUACAGAGGUCUCUCAGCCAGCAGAUAAUGCUAACAAAGAAAAAGCUGCUACAGAGAUUAGGAAGGACAAAGAAAGCAAGAGUGUAACUGCUGAAAUUGGCCAUCAGAUGGAAAAGAAUAUUGAAAGUAGUGGGCUGGAAGUGAAGGAGAUUCCAAAAGGUGUUUCAGAGGCUUAUGGACAAUCAGAAAACAUUGAAGUGGUAGAGCAAGUUAACAAUACUCAUAUAGAGCAAGAUGUGAGACUAGGAAAGGUUCAGGAGAACCAUGAGAGUGAAGAGAAGGUAGAGGAACUGCACGCCAGUGAAAACGCUCCUGACAAGGUGGAAGAAAUCAUGGAGAUGCCAAAUGCAAUCUCAGAAACUUCUGUGCACAAAGAAAAUGCCAAUAAGUUACAAGAGUUUAACGAUUCUCGUGUUGUGGAUAAUGCAAUAUUAGGAACAGCUCAAGGAACCCAUCAUUAUGGAGAAGAUGAAAAGGAACCAUGCAGUGGUGAAAUCUCUCCAACAUCUGAAGCGUUUGACAGGGGAUUGGAAGCUUCAGAAUUUAUCCAGGUACGUCAGGAGGACACAAGUGAACUGGAAGUUUCAAAGGAGCCUUGUGUAGGCAAAGAGAGUGAGAGGCAAUUGAAUAUAACCAAGAAUAUGUGCUUGCGGAAUGAAAAGGAUGAGGUAAUUGAUAUUCCUGCUCGAUCAGAAGCAGUGGAGGAAUUAGCAGCAGCUCAAGUCGCUGACUGUUCUCAUGAAGAGAAAGAUGUUAAAUUGGAUAACCUUAAUUUGGCACCAAGGAAAGAAGAAACUGAGGUACCAAGUGUGACUGAGAGUACAUGCGAUUCAACUGAAAAUGUGUUGAUUGCCGAAAUGAACCCAAAAAUUGAUGAAAUGGAAGCUGAAGUAGAGAAUAACAAAACGGAACAAGAGUCGGUGGGACCUGGAGAACCGGAGAAUGACAUGGAAGAAACAGUCGGGUCCUUUGGAUGUAAUAUAUCUGAGAAGGAAGCUUGUGCAGUCCAAUUGGAAAACAACUUAAGUGGAAAUUUCCGAGAAGCAGCCAAAGAACCACCAAAGGAGGAAACUUAUAAUCUAAAAGAAGCAAAAGAGGUGCUUGAAGAAGAUAACGUGAAACUUGAUUUAAAAGAAGAAAUGACGCCUGAUUCAGUCAGCAUGAUGGCGGUAAAUGAAGAUUUGAAGGAUCAGAAGACAAAUUACUUGGAAUUAAGAGGCAACAAAGUUUGCUCAGUUCAAGAUACUGAACCAAGUUGUACAAUGACGAUUGAGGAAACAACCUCUGUUGUUCGAAAUAGACACGAAAGGGAAAAGAGAAUAGCAGCAGAAAAGGAAGAGGAACAGGAGAAAGAGAGGGAGAGAUUCGUGGACAAAGAAAGGGAAAGAAAAUUAGAACGAGAAGGAGAACAUGGAAAAGAGAAGGAAAGAUUAAUAAGGGCGAGGAAAUUCGAAGAAGAAAGAGAGAGGGAGAGAGAUAGAGAAAGAGAACAGGAGAAAGAGAGGGCGAAGAAGUUGGACGAAGAAAGAGAGAGGGAGAAAGAAAGAGAAAGGAAAAUAGAAAGAGAGAGAGAACUGGAGAAAGAGUGGGCAAGUAAACUGGAACAAGAAAGAGAGAGGGAGAGAGAAAGAGAGAAAGACAGACUUGCUGUCGAAAGAGCGACACGUGAAGCACAUGAAAGGGCAUUUGUUGCUGCUCGGCAACGGGCAGCUUCAGAAGCCCGAGAGAAAGCAGAAAGGCUUAACACAGAAGCUUUUGAAAGAACGUUAUCGGAAAAGGCUUCUAGAGAAGCUAGAUUGAGGGCUGAGCGCGCAGCUGUUGAACGAGCAACUGCGGAAGCUAGGGAGCGUGCAAUAGAAAAAGCUAUGGCUGAGAAAGCUGCUGCUGAUGCAAGGGAACGCAUGGAAAGAUUUAGUUCCUCUUUCAAGGAGCAUAAAACCAGCAAUCAGGAUAUUUCACGUGACGCACCCUUGCAAAGGGCAUAUUCUAGCAGCUUCCAGAAAUCAUCAGAUUCUAAUAAUCAAGCAGGUGAGACUGAAUCAGCUCUAAGGCGUAAAGCAAGACUGGAGAGGCAUCAGCGUACAGUUGAGCGUGCUGCAAAAGCUCUCGCAGAAAAGAAUACAAGGGAUCUGAUGGCACAAAGAGAGCAAGCAGAGAGAAAUAGAUUGGCCGAGUUUCUUGAUGCCGAUGUCAAGAGAUGGUCAAGCGGAAAAGAAGGAAACCUGCGCGCGUUGCUAUCUACUCUUCAAUAUAUCCUUGGGCCCGACAGUUGUUGGCAACCAAUUCCUCUCACAGAUGUUAUUACAGCUGCAGCCGCGAAGAAAGCUUACAGGAAAGCUACUCUUUGUGUUCAUCCCGACAAGGUACAACAAAGGGGUGCUAGCAUCCAACAGAAGUAUAUCUGCGAAAAGGUUUUCGAUCUUCUUAAGGAAGCUUGGAAUAGAUUCAACUCUGAAGAGCGGUAGCCGACAGACGGUAUGAGAGCUACAAAGCCUUCAACAUUUUAGUCUUUUGCCUGUUGUAGAGCAUUAUGUAUUGUAAUUUUUGGUACAUCUUAAGCUCGUUUCUACAUCUAUCUGAUUAGCCUUUUUUGUAUUUUGUAAAUGUGGUAAUUUAAGAAGCAAAUUUAAAAGUUCCAUUUCUGUUUCCACCAAGUUUAACAGUAUGGAAAUGUUUGUUGCCAGUA